AUGGAUCCUGAAAAGCAAGCCGAUGUGCUUGGAAAAUGGUACUGUCCUGCGAAGCAAACAUUAGACAACGGCAAUCGCCUGGUAGAGGUUUGCAAGGAAACGAAUCUGGUCACUGCUUCCAAAUUUAAGAUGAAUCAUCGACACUACCAGCUUGAGUGGCCAGGGUCUGAAAGGCGAUUGAGAUCUGAGCUAGGUGCUAAGGAGACAUUUGCGUCAUCAGCUGAACCGUGA